GCGGGUCCUAGUGAGUAAAGAGGUACGACGUACCAUACAUAAAGUGCGAGGUGUAAUUGGCUUGAGACCCACUAAACCUCUCACUCGGGUUAUCGAAUUACACCCGGCAACGAAAAGAGAUAUGCAGACGAGACCUUCAGACGACCUUGUCCCUCUUGUCAAGUUUCCGUCGCGACACCGUCGCGAACCCCAACUCUAUAUCGUGGACCCCACUUCGAGACCUUCGUCUCGCAGUCGCAGGAAAGGAAAUGUCGACACGAAGCGCUUUAACGAGUCAGGGACUGGUAAAGAGAUUACAUCUCUAGUAUCUAUUAAAAGGCACUUGGUUGGAGAAGUAGAUGAGAGACGCUUGUCUCGAAGUACAAAGUUUUAUGAAAAACGCAGAACCGAACAGGACAAUCGCAAAAGGUCCAAGGAUUUCGUUUUGCCUCAAGGAUGGACCGUUGAGGCGAGACAGAGGAGAGACUGUUCUCAAAUUGAUAAGUACUAUACUGAGCAAGAAACGGGAAAGCGGUUCCGUUCCCUUGUUUCCGCUGAGAGGUACUUGAACUCUGUAGGUAACGGUACAGUUUCUUCGGUUUCUAAGGUCCACUCUGAGCGGGUUCCGCUUUUGGCGAUUUGCAAUGGUACUGGAUAUGAGAACGUGGUUAUUGACCCAAACCCACCAGAGAAAGUUAAAUGGGUACUUACCGGUCCGGAGGGAGACAUGUUUAGUGCCAAUGUUAUGGGCUCGGACGUCUCUAGCUCUGUCAAACAGACUUGGUCCGAGACUUUUGUCUCUUUGAUCCAAGACCGCUGUUAACCAAAAUCUGAAUCCUAGUUUUGGCGUUUUUGUGGCCGGUUUUGGUAUAUACUAUAACAAGAUUUCCCGGUCUGUAGUCUCUCCAAGCUGUUCAUGUUUCGGUCUAGUUUAUAACUGACCGACCUGAAUCAUUGGUUUUACCAGAUUUUCUAAGUGCAUAGUUGCUGGGAACCGGAUUUCGGGUAAUAUCGGUUAGGUCUAUGUUUUUAAUCUUGAAAUGCUUACAAAUCUCCAAAUCUUGAAAUGUGUAUUUAAAACAGAGAUAUGUUAUUUUUCGCUAAUUCUUGUAUCU